GUCCAAGGGAACCAGGGAUCCUUUGGCAUAUGGCGCCCGCACAGAGGACCUGGGAUUCGACACCCGCGUCUUCGACCGGAGCCGUGGGGCCCGUGGCUAUCGACCUGAGUUGGAUCAAGAGUACCCAUCCCAGGAGUACCGCAACGGUCACAGCUACGGCAACGGGAAAGAGGAGUCCUUGUGGGGAAACGCUACGGCUGAGUGGGAGGAUGCAAUGCAAGAGACCUUUGGCUAUGUGGUCUCGUCCAUGUGGAGCAUCGUGGCCGGUGGUCGACAGUGCUGUUCCAUGCGCGAUCGCGGGCGAAAGGAAGAUUUGGAGGCUGCAAAGCGAGCGGCGCUGACCGGGCGGCCGCCCAAGCGUGCGGUGCAGGCAUCCCUUCGGAAUGCUGGUGAGAAGGCCUUGAAUGAUCCACAAGUGCAGAGUGCCUUGGUGCAAGCUGCACAGGAUCAUGGUCCGGAGAUCGCCGCCCUGGUGCGAGAUCAGGUCACCGCUUGGGCCACGGAUCCUGAGGUCCAGCACCGCGCCAAGCACUACGCCUCGGAGGCGGCGAAGGCGACGGGGCAGGCCAUGGCCAGAGCGGGCCAGAUGUUUGCUGAUCAAAUCGCCCAGGGCCCCGCGGGCUUGCGACUGCUGGCCUUUGCCGCCGGGGCUGCAUCGCUGGCGGCGUGUUUCAUGGAGAUGCUGCACGUGGAAAGUGUUUUGAUGGGACCUUCCAGAUAUGUCAUUAGUGGCUUCCAGGGCAUCUUCGCAGUGACAACCAUGCUCUUUGAGAUGCCGGCGCACUGGGUGGCCAUGGUGCCUGGGGUCACCCAUUACCAGGACCUCAUCAUGGAUGAGGCACACUUCAUGACUCGAGCUGGAGGUCGUGGGCUUUUCUACAUCUAUCAAGGGGCAAUGUGGGCCUGUUUCGCCUCACUUCUCUCCUUGGUGCACUUGGCUGCCGCUCUUGCCAUGCUCUUGGUCGGCACUCUGCACGUCUUGAUGCAGUUCGGCAUCAUGCCGCAGACAGUGGCGCAAAAGUUGAGGGAAAAGACGGGCUACGCGCCGGUGCCGCAGGACGAUGGGCCCUGA